AUGGAUUCCUCUUCAUCGUCGGUAGAGAGUUGCCCGAGCUUCUCCCCUUCCUCUCCGGAGUACUCCGAUUCGACGCCGCGCGGAUCGGCUGCUGCUGCUGCUGCUUCCCCUUCCUCCUCUGCAAUCUCCCGAGCCCUCCACCUCGUCAAAUCCGAGAAUCCGGAGUCCAAGGUCGAGGCGGCGAGGGAAAUCCGCCGCCUCGCCAAGACCUCGCAGCGGUGCCGCCGCCUCCUCGCCCACGCCGUUCCGCACCUCGUCUCCAUGCUCCGGGUGCGCGACUCCGCCGACUGCCACGAGUCCGCCUUGCUCGCGCUGCUCAAUCUCGCCGUCAAAGACGAACGGAAUAAAAGCAGCAUUGUUGAAGCCGGAGCAUUAGAACCAAUAACAAACUUCCUCCAGUCAAGUGAUCCAAACUUGCAGGAGCACGCUACAGCAGCACUCCUCACUCUCUCCGCCUCAACCUCAAACAAGCCGAUCAUAACCAAUUCCGGCGCCAUCCCCUUGCUAGUCCAAAUCCUCCGCAGCGGGAGUCCACAAGCCAAGAUGGAUUCAGUAAUGGCACUCUCCAACCUGUCGACACACUCGAACAACGCCUCCACAAUCCUCAAAACCCACCCCAUCCCUCCAAUACUCGCCCUCCUCAAAUCAUCCAAAACAUCCUCCAGAACAGCCGAGAAGUGCUGCGCCCUCAUCGAAUCCCUUAUGGAAUUCGAAGACGGCCGAGCAGCACUAACCUCCGAGGAAGGCGGGAUUCUAGCAGUGGUCGAAGUGGUCGAGACCGGCUCCCUCUCAAGCCGAGAGCACGCUGUCGGGGCGCUACUGAGUCUCUGUCAGAGCGAUCGGUGUAGGUACAGGGAGCCGAUACUGAGAGAAGGCGUGAUUCCCGGACUCCUCGAGCUUACGGUGCAAGGCACGCCGAAAUCUCGGGUGAAAGCGCAGACAUUGUUGAGGCUGCUGAGGGAGAGUCCGUACCCGAGGUCCGAGCUCCAGCCCGACACGCUGGAGAACAUCGUGUGCAACAUAAUAUCUCAGAUAGAUGGAGAUGAACAGUCUGGUAAGGCGAAGAAGAUGCUGGCGGAGAUGGUUCAGGUCAGCAUGGAACAGAGCCUGAGACAUUUGCAGAGGAGAGCUCUGGUAUGUACCCCUGGCGAUUUGGCUGAUUAG